GGCAGUGGACCGAUGUUUCGCGUGCGGUCUAAAUUUGGGCGUUUUCCGGAGAUAUUCCAGUAGUUUGAGGGUCGUUCGAAGCUCGGAAGGCCUGCUAAGUAGUGCAAACUAGGACCUUAGACUUAUCGGCAGUAGUUGAUCGUAAAUUGGGGAGCAUCGUCAGUCUGACAGGCGGAUUUUCCUAUACGGUGUAUCUUGAGUCAAGAUGGAUGAUGCUGAUAAAAGCUGACACAUCUCUCGGGUUCGGUUCAGAUUGGGGCGGCCGCGGUGUGGUGGAGGCCCGGCGGUGCCACCGUGUGGUGAUAAAGGAGCUUUAUGGCACCGAUUAGUGUCGACGAGGAAUUUCUCGGAUGAACUCGGGUCGUCUUGCGAAGUGUCUGUGUUUCACCUCUGAGAUGUGAGCAACAUUGUACCCGACUGUGUGGAACCGAUGACGACGACGACGGGUGCUGCUCCAGUACAGGUUGUGCUUUCGCGUGUUGAACAACGCGGUUGAUCCUCCAGUGGCUGGCUGACUCGAUGCCCCGGGACGUCAAGAGUGCCGCGUUUUGAAACUUAGUUGAGAGAAGAUCAAAAAGGAAAGGAGAAGUGCAGUGAGGAAGGUGCAGGGCAGUUACUGUGGCUCCAGUUUGGUUUCUGGGUGGAUGGAAUACUGGGUCGAUGAAGUGGUUCGAAGUGGUUUUUGAAGAACAAGUGUUUUAACGAGAGUGGAACGCGAUGAGUGAGUCCUUCGAUAUCUGGAAGCAGCAAUCGGUGUCGAAGCUAGCAACAUGAGAAACCAGUUCAGGUCGAAUUCCUGAUAGCAGGAGCAGGUGUCAGCUGAUGGAAUGAAGAAGUGCUCAAGUGGUGAGGGAAUGUGAGCUGGAUAGUGAAAUCCUGAAGAUCGUCAAGUCGGGGGAAGAUGUGACGGCGAAGAGUUGGGAUUCAAUCCAAUGAGAAAAUACUAGCGAAUAAUGUAAGCAAAACACGUGUAAAUAAGCAAAGCCAGAGCUACUCACCAAGUGCAGUGUUUCGUGUGCGGAGGCUGCGAGAGAAAAAAAAAAGAACCAAGUGUGUUGUUGCAGAAGUGAAGGAGCAGAAACGUUGGAUGUUUGCGUCGUGUGAAUCGCUAAUCGUAAGCCUUCGCAAGCUCUGGUCUCGGGAAUUACGAAGAAUAAUAAAACUACAUCAGCAACGACAACAACAACAACAACAACAACAACAAAAGAAAACUACACCCACUUGGGUGGGAUUGAAAUUGCGACAGACUAACUGACUCACUGGGGCAGUAACUCGGACGUGGAGAAAUAUUCCUUGCACAUCCUCCAGAGUUGUUCCUCUCUCGGGUGGCUGACAGUAUAAAGAAACACAAACAGCCUGAAGAGAGGGAUAGAGAAGAAGAAAAAAAAAACGGAACACAAUAGGAUUACAACAAAGGCGGAAAACGAAUUCGAGAGGAGGGGAACUCCUUUGAGCGCGCGCGACAAGGACAGAGAAAAUAACAAUUAAGUGCACCUUCGAAAGUAGUCCCUUUGUUUCCUAUGUAUGGAUAAGUAGUCGGUAGAGAUAUACGGUAAGACGGAGAAGAAAACAGAAACUAGGUUAGAGGAAGCCGUUUCCUUCUUUCAACGAUUUCGAAACGAAAGAAAAAGUAGAAUCACGACCCGGUUCUACAGAGGUUUCAGUGCAGUUUGGAUAACAGGAACUACGAGUAAAACUAACGCUUUUAGAGUGGAUGUUUCACUAUUCGGGCGCGUGUGUGUUUGUGUGCAUCCACUGAGUGGUAGGCCCCGAUGGCCACCGUUUUCCAAACUCAACAGUCAAUAUCUGUAAAACGAAACUCGAUUGAUUUCAACCGCCAAGGUCGUGUAACGAGUAGCUGUUGUGAGUCGACGUGGGGCGUGUGACGACGAGGAGUCUCCUGUGUCUAUUGUCUCCGAUAGUUUGGGUUCCUUUUCGAAUGGCACCACAGUACCAGCAACGUCUGUACCACCAUCCGGAGACGACGACGACGACGACGACGACACAGACGAAGGUGAAGACGAACGCAGCUACCGUUACCCACGUUGAUAGUACCGUAUCAAGCUUAACACUAGCAAGUACCUUUAGUAAUACUGCAAGCGAUUGUUGUGACGAUUUUACCGCCAGCUGCUGCCGCUGCUGCUGCUGCUACUGUAGAGUCGAAGGUUCAAAGGAAGAGGAAGGCGGCAGUCGUUGCGGUGGUGAUUUGCAGCUGGUGGCGAACAACUGUAGUCGACGACGACAGCAUCGGCAACUACUCUAGCAGCAAUGAAACUCGUGAGCCCACUGAGGGCCGCCAUCCUAGCCCUCGUUAUGGCACUCGCCGAGUCGGCUGGAGAAGCUGAUUACACUCUAGACGACUCGUUUUGGAAUGAGGAGAGUCCAGUUGGUGAGGUGGAACGUCUACUCAAGGAGCACCAGCAGAAUCAGGAGCUGGUGGAAAAGAUCGGUAGAAACUCCUACCAGAUCAUCUACCCGGUGCAGUUGAGGCACCACGAGAAGAUGGGCAUCUCGACGAGAGAAGUCGGCACAAAGUUUCCAGCUCGUGGUGGCUUCGAUAGCUACUCUGGAAGCGGAGGUGGCCGGGGGCGUUCGAGGACGGGGAAACACUUUCAUCGAACAUCACUUUUGAUAAAAGCUUUUAAUCAUAAAUUUCGGUUAGAUUUGGAAUUAAAUACACAAUUACUAGCUCCUAAUAUUGUACAGAAACACUAUCUCCCAAGCGGGUUCGCGCAGGAUUCACAUCGAGAAAUUGAGCACUGCUACUACCACGGAACGGUAAAAGACUACCCGGGAGCUAGUGCCGCCUUCCACACCUGCAACGGCGUCAGCGGUGUGAUACACGUCGGGAACGAAACAUUUGUUAUACAUCCAUUUUACGGAGGCGAUCUAUCGAAACAUCCACAUGUUAUCUUCGAGGCACGUACAAAAUCAAACAAGGGCUGUGCUAAUUCUGGCAACACGGGAGGACAUCGGCGCGACCGGCAGAUGCGCCGGCAGAACCACCACUCGGGCCUGGUGGUCGAACAGCAGGACCCGAACGGGGCCGGGCGCUACCGGAGGGACGUGCGCGAGGCGACCAAGUACAUCGAAACGGCACUGGUCAUCGACAAGGCGAUGUUCCAGAAGCGCAACGGGAGCACUCGGGCCGAGGUGGUGCACGACGCCAUCCAGGUGGCGAACAUUGCCGAUCUGUACUUUCGUACGAUCAACACGCGCGUAUCGGUUGUAUAUAUAGAGACGUGGCAGGGCCAGAACCAGGCGCAGAUCGACGGUGGAAAGGAUAUUAGUAAAGCAAUAUCUAAUUUUAAUGAUUAUACAACUAGGAAUUUAUAUAAAAUAGAUAAGGAUACGACGCAGCUGCUAACGGGUGAAACGUUUGCCGGUGGCGAAGCGGGCAUGUCCGUGCCGGAAACCGUCUGCACUACGAAGGCCGUCGGUAUUAGUGUAGAUUUCAAUACGUACGAGCCGCAUCUGCUCGCGGGAACGAUGGCGCACAUGAUUGGACACAACAUCGGCAUGGGUCACGAUGAUAACCGUGAGGAGUGCGUUUGUCGUGACUGGCACGGUUGUAUAAUGUCCCAGUCAAUUGUCGGCUUGGAGAACGUCCAGCCGUAUAAAUUCUCCGACUGCAGUCAUCAGGAUUAUAUCGAAGCACUGCGGUACGGGCACGGCCUCUGCUUAUUCAAUAAACCGAACGAGGUCGUGUUUCGGAAAAACUGCGGCAACGGAAUCGUCGAGGAGGAUGAGGAGUGCGACUGCGGAAGUGCGCUCGACUGCGACAAGACGGACCCGUGCUGCGAUGGCAUCACCUGCAAGCUGAAAAAGGAAUCCCAGUGCGCCUCUGGACCAUGCUGUGAUAAAUGUAUUCUAAAGCCUCCGGGCAUGAUCUGCCGGGAUGCGCACAACGAGUGCGACCUGCCGGAGUACUGCAACGGGGAAUCCGGACAGUGUCCGCCCGAUGUAUAUAAAAAGAACGGGAACCCGUGCGGGAUGAAUGCGACCGGGUUCACCACCGGUUACUGUUUCAAUGGGCUCUGCCCGACGACGGCGACCCAGUGCGAACGAAUCUGGGGCUACAGUGGCACCGGUGCCGAUCGCGUCUGCUACGAGGAGUACAACUCGAAGGGUUCGAUCAACGGACACUGCGGGAAGGACCCUAGCGACAACUACAUCAAAUGCGAACCCGAAAACAUCCAGUGCGGUUCGCUACACUGCAAAGACGGUGACAAGAAGCCGGUGGAGGAAUGCCAGGAUAAUCAAUACGCUAAGACAAUUGUUUCAAUUAAGGGAAUCGAGUACGAGUGCAAGUCGAUAUCCGGUACGGCGAUCGAUACGCCACCAUUCGGUCUGGUGCGCGACGGGACACCGUGUGGCGAUAAUCUGAUCUGCGUCAACCAGAGCUGCGUCAGUAUAUUCCCGUACAUUGACCAGACCAAGUGUCCCAGCAAUCACCAUAAUAUGGAGUGCUCCGGAAAUGGGGAUUGCACCAACACAAACAAGUGCUUUUGCAAGUUCGGCUGGACCGGACCGGACUGCUCGAUACAGGCUCAUAUCACAACGACGUUCGCGUCACCCGUAACAACCCCCGCAUCGGAGGUAAUCAACGAAAAGAUGGAAAAGAAAACCACUCGCUACGCAAACUACCACGGCUCAAACACGGUGUUUCUAGUCGGUGUAUUAAUGUCGGUUGUUGGGGGUGUUUUUGUAACGUUUGCUCUGAUGGCUUUGUGCUACAGGCUGACGGGAACAUCCGCUAGCGAAGAGGACCCAAUGCAUUCCGGUGGCCAGGCGGGCGCAGCGGUCGUUGGCCCCGUACCGGACGGAAUGAAAUUUGUCAAUGGUUAUCACGAGGAUAUUCUCGAGGCGUUGCGCCGGUCGGCAGCUCAGGUGCCGCGCAGUAGUGCCAACACGCCGUCCGGUAGCUUCAGUGAAGAACUGCUCCGGAAGACCCUGACGGAUUGCGUAACCAACAUGCAGCUGAACGCCCCGAGCGUUUACCCAACGGAACGCCUACGUGGCAGCAGUUCCCGUACCGGGUCCAAGGAGAACGUCUGCGUACCCCAUCCGCUACUGAGCGAUACGGCUGCCACCUCGACGCUCAUGCAGCACCAUCGGCAGCAACAGCAGCAUCCUCAGGACGAAGACGACACGCCCUCGGUCGGGCCACUACGUAUCCGAAACCUAGAGGACCUAAUACGACAGCUGGAACAACACUCGUCCCGGCACAUGAGCCCCAACGGCUCCGAAGACACCCGAGUGUCUGAAACUGAAAUCGAUCGUCACUAUAGAGUAGAUAGUUCAGCGCCUUGUAGUGAAUCAUCGCAUGGCUCAAACCAACAACUAGCUCAAUCACAGAAAACUGCCACGAUACUGCCACCCUACAGUAGUCGUUGUCGUCCACCGCGAUCGGACGACGAGUCCCGGUUUUCGUACGGAGCGGGUGGCGGCGGAGGACCCGGAAGUAGCGGUACCGGCCGCUACCGGCAUUCGACCAGCCGUCACCCCGCCCAUCAGCCCCAUUCGCCUCACUCGUUUAGCCACCAUACCCAUCACGGGCACGCCCACGGCCACUCGGCACACGCGGGCCACUCGUCACAUCAUUCAUCUCACACGCACCUGCAUCAGGAAGACGAAGGAAUCUACGAAAGUGCCGAUCCUCAUCCGGUGCAUCCGCACCCGCACGAUAGGAACGCCCUGAGCGACCAGCGCGAUACCAACGAUAGCGAAAGUGAUGACUUAUUUCAAGCUCAACAACAGUUAGCCCGAUGGGCGAGUGAGGACGUGGUUUCCGUGGUGGUAAUGGAGCAAGGAUCGGAUUCGUCCCACGCGCAAGGUCCAUCAUCAGCCAGUACCAUGCACGGCCAUAUUCAACAACAUCCAUCGCAUCAGCAACAGCAGUUGCAUCACGACAACAACAAUACCAACAUCACCACCACCACCACCACCAGCAACGUCAAUGGAGUACCAGCAAUGGGCAGCUGUCACAAUAUCACCAGUUUGAGUCAUCAGCUGGUGAACAGCAGAGACUACUAUCCUUCGCCACCCUCCACCGAGACCGAGAGCUCUGGAAGCGUGGUACAGCCGUCGAGACGUGGACCCAUUAUGCAAGGCCCAGGACCCGACGGAAAUCUUAUAAUGGAGAAUACAGGUCGCUAUCCCGAAUAUAAACACUGAUAGUA